AUGUGUCGAACGGGAAUGAGAAGUUCAACAGAAGGAAAGAAGCGAGUUCCAAAAUCAAGGAUUCAGUGUCAAAAAGACAAACGACACAAAACUGGACCCAUCGUUGUCAGAGAUGAAGUUGCUGACAGCGAGAAGAGCACAAACAAGGUUCAAUUGAAGCGAAGUCGUAAAAGACAAAGAAAGGAAAGUGAAGAAAAAACUCCGAAUUCCUUCAAAAAGUUCACAGAAGUUGUUAGUGAUGCUGAAACUGAGCUGGAAGAAAAUGACGAUGAUGUAAAGCAGAUGGACACCAAAAGAGGUUCAAGUGAGAAGGAGAAUGGGAUUAUGGCUCAUGCCCCGAAACUGAAAGAGGAGACUGCAAGACAAUCUGAACCAAGCUCAUCUAAAAAUCCUCCUCGCAUCAAAGGAGCUUCGAAAAGUGCUGUACCUCACCCGGAACGCCCUUCAGGAUCGACCACAAUGCUCUCGUGCUGCAUGCUUGAUAAAAAUAUCUCCUACGGCACGUCAAACCGACAGUGUAAGGAGAAGGAUACAUGCAGGAUCCGGAAAGGAGAAGAGUACAUGUGCAGCAAGGCAAAACCAGAGGCCGAAAACAUCUGCAUGUCUUGCUUCGACACGGCAGAUGUAUAUAAGGAUAAAUGGACAAAGAAAGUCAAUACCAACAACAAAUGCGAAGAAACAAUUGAUUGCUCGGAAUGUGGGGACUCCUUUCACAGAGUGUGUGCACUACACUUCGAAGGCUCAUUCGUGUGCAAGAAUUGCAGUGGAGGAGAACGUGACUGGAUACUCGAAACAGAUCCAAACUGCGAGAUCGAUGUUUUUCUUGCUGACACGGCCAACAAGCUGGUGAACGAAGGUAACGUCUCUGUUGCCAGCUUCACCACAGAGAAGUCGGUUACAACCAGAACUUUGAUGCCAGACUUUUACCAGAAGGAUGCCAAGAAGAAGUAUGGGAGUGCGGUGGACUAUGUGGCACGUGCCAUAUACUUUUUCCAAGUUGUUGAUAAUAUCAGCGUGGCAUUCUUCACAAUGUUUGCCCAAGAAUACCACAAUCUGGCCGGAAAGAGUUGGUGCGUUAUCGAUUAUUUGGAUUCCGUGCCAUGGAUGACUUCCACUUCAAAAAAGCCAUCAAAAGUGUACUCUCAACUGAUUCUGGCAUACUUCGAGCACAUGGGAAAGAAAGGAUUUAAGCACGGACAUCUCUGGGCAAAUCCUCCUUGCCCAGGAGACGAUUAUGCAUUCAAUGUCCACCCGGAGUUCCAAAAGUACUUGGACAGAAAUGCACUCAUCUGUUGGUACCAGUCGUUGCUUGAGGAAGGAAGGAAGGCUGGAUUGAUUUCAAACUUUCGAAAUUUUCGAGAAGAGUCUGCGGACGGAAAGUUCAACAAACCAAUAGAUCUUCCGGUUUUUGUGAAAUCCUUGUGGCAAGAGGUGUUGCUGGCGACGCAAGAUAAGAUGUUGGUGAAUAAGGAAGUCGCUUACAACAAAAUCAAUUUUGAAAAAUCGUUGGAAGAAGACUACAAGGAGCGUGCAGAAGACAAUUUCUAUAUUGGUCUCUGCGGUAGUCAACGUCUGAAACCACUUCCCACCCAAAAUUUGAACCCACAUGAGAUAUUGGGGGAUCGUGAGACGUUCCUUGAUAAGUGCAUCGCGGAGAAUUGGGAGUUUUCAAGCCUCCGACGAGCCAAAUAUUCAUCAGUGGGGAUCAUCGGAUUGAUUAAAGCGGCUAGAGGACAACAAUAG